CUUCUCACUGUUCAGUGGUUCACAAACGGAAAUAUUCUCGCAAGUGUUGCGCUAAUGCAAUUGUGCGCUUUGUUACUGCUAGCCACUUAUCGAAAGAACUCCAUCAUUUCUAAAUAGAGCCCCCAGUGAACGGAGGGUUUGGAACACUGGAUUCGGUUAAAAGAAGCCGCACGCCCAACACUCCUGAAAAAAGGGAUGCUAGUCAAAUCCAUCACUAUAUAAUACGUUUUCCGUUUAUAUGUUUAGGUUUUUUGUUUUAUGUUAAUGUGAGAACCAAACGUACCUGUUUCGGAAUUAAAGUUUUUCGCAAAGAAAUUGAAGUAUUUGAAAUGAAGGAAAACUGAGCACAGUAGUUAUCAAGAAGAUGUGGAUCAAAGUCAGUCAUAAUGUUUACAUAUUUCUUCAAAAGAAAAAAGCCGAUAUUUUGGGCCCAAAAAUGAUUUGAUGGAAACGCACAGCUUUCUGUUGAACAACACUGGGACAAUGAAUCUCACAAACUGCACUGCUCCUGAACCCACUGUUGCGCACCAAACAAAAACAGGCACAGAAAAAAUGCUUAUUGCCGUAACACUGGGCAUUCUAACAUUCCUCACAACGCUGUUGAAUUUUGCCGUCAUCGCAGCCAUUUGCACAACCAAGAAACUGCAUCAGCCCGCCAACUACCUGAUUUGCUCUUUGGCUCUUACUGACUUUCUGGUUUCAACCUUAGUAAUGCCGUUAAGCAUCGUGUACAUUGUCAUGGAAAAGUGGUCCCUUGGUUACAUAAUCUGUGAGGUGUGGCUUACCGUGGACAUGACCUGUUGCACCUGUUCAAUUUUACACCUGUGCGUUAUCGCACUAGACAGGUACUGGGCAAUCACUAAUGCAAUUGAAUAUGCUAGGAAGCGCACAGCGAAGAGAGCGGCAGUGAUGAUAGCUGCAGUCUGGGCUAUAUCUGUGUUCAUUUCAAUGCCGCCUUUGUUUUGGAGGCACAGCUACAGUACCAACCACCUCACCCACUGUAUCAUUGAGCACAGCCACAUUGUGUAUACAGUUUAUUCCACGUUUGGGGCGUUCUACAUUCCGCUGACCUUAAUUUUAAUUUUGUACUACAGGAUUUACCAUGCCGCAAAGCACCUCUACCAAAAGAGGGGCUCAAGCAGACACCUGAGCAACAGGAACACUGACAGCCAAAGCUCCUUUACCAACUGCAAACUCUCCCAGACUUUCUGCAUGUCUGAUUUCUCUACUUCAGAUCCAACGAUGGAGUUGGAUAAAACUAACGUUACAAUUCAAAUCCCCCCCUUUGAGACCGUAACCGAGCUGUCCUGUGAGCGGCAGCAGCUUUCAAGCUCCAGAGAGCGCAAGGCAGCCCGGAUCCUCGGGCUGAUACUGGGGGCUUUUGUCAUUUGCUGGUUGCCGUUCUUCAUCAAGGAACUGCUUGUGGGACUUCAGCUCCUAACCGCAUCUCCUGAGGUCUCUGACUUUCUGACCUGGCUCGGCUACGCCAACUCUCUCGUCAACCCAUUGCUCUACACAAGCUUUAAUGAAGAUUUUAAGUCUGCUUUUAAAAAACUGGUCAGAUCCAAAGAGCAUUCAUGA